AUGGCGGCGUCCAUGGCGGGCCGGGCGGCGGCCUGGGGGCUGCGGCGGGUCCGGGCCGCGACCCCCGGGACCCCCGGGGACCCCCCGGGACCCCCGCGGGCUCCGGGCCCCGGCGCGCCCUCAGCGCCCCCCGCCGCGGGCCCCGACACGGCCGCGGUGCUGCGGGAGCGGCUGCGGCAGCGCCAGGUCUCCCCAGGACCCCCACCCACCCCGGGGGUCCCGGGGGGUCCCUGCGGCCGCUGCUGCUGCGCCUGGGGGGGGCUCCUGGCGGCCUCGGGCGGCGCCGCCGUGCUCUACGUGUUCGGCAGCAACGCCGUGGAAGAGCACGGGGACAAGAUCCCGGAUGAGUUUGACAGCGACCCCGUUGGGAUCCGGCACCUGCGCAGAACCUACAAGUACUUCAAGGACUACAGGCAGAUGAUCAUCGAGCCGACGAGCGCGCGCCUGCUGCCCGACCCCCUGCAGGAGCCCUACUACCAGCCCCCCUACACGCUGGUCAUCGAGCUCACGGGGGUCCUGCUGCACCCCGAGUGGUCGCUGGUGACGGGCUGGCGGUUCAAGAAGCGCCCGGGCAUCGAGCACCUCCUGCAGCAGCUCGCGCCCCUCUACGAGAUCGUCGUCUUCACCUCCGAGACCGGCAUGACGGCGUUCCCGCUGAUCGACUCCAUCGACCCGCACGGCUUCGUCUCCUACCGGCUCUUCCGCGACGCCACGCGCUACAUGGACGGCCACCACGUCAAGGACAUCUCGUGCCUGAACCGCGACCCGGCGCGGGUGGUGGUGGUGGAUUGGCGCCGGGACUCGUUCCGGCUGCAGCCGCACAACGGGCUGGCCCUGCCGCGCUGGGACGGCGGCUCCGAGGACCGCGCGCUCUACGACCUGGCGGCCUUCCUCAAGACCAUCGCGCUCAGCGGCGUGCAGGACGUGCGCGCCGUGCUGCAGAAUUACUCGCACGAGGCCGAUCCCCUGGCCGCGUUCCUGCGGCGCCGCUCCCGCCUCCAGGAGGAGGAGCAGCAGCGGAGGGCGGAGCUGGCGCAGGGCCGGAAGCCGCCGGGGGCGGGGCCUUUCCUGGGCUCCCUCACCGGGCGCCUCUGGCCGCGCUCCAAGCAGCAGUGACGUCACCGCGGCGUCACCGUGACGUCAUCGCCGCGGCGGGACGGCGCCGUGGGGGGAGGGGCACCCCAAAUCCCCCCUCCCCUCCCCCAACCCCGAAUUCCCAGAACGCCGCGGGUGGGGGAGGGGAUUGGGGGG